GAGCGGGUGAGGCGCGCGGAAACACCGGCGACGGGCUUCGGAUGGGGGCGGGUGGGGGACGCCGCAGCUGGGGCCAUUUGAGGGGAGCCCAUGGGGCCUGAAGGGCAUCUGUCAGGCGCCCCUGCCCGGAUGGCAACAGUAGUUCUAGGGGGAGACACCAUGGGCCCUGAGCGUAUCUUCCCCAAUCAGACUGAGGAACUGGGACCACAUCAGGGCCCUUCAGAAGGCACUGGGGAUUGGAGCAGUGAGGAGCCUGAGGAAGAGCAGGAGGAAACGGGGUCGGGCCCAGCUGGCUACUCCUACCAGCCCCUGAACCAAGAUCCUGAACAAGAGGAGGUGGAACUGGCACCAGUGGGGGAUGGAGAUGUAGUUGCUGACAUCCAGGAUCGAAUCCAGGCCCUGGGGCUUCAUUUGCCAGACCCACCAUUAGAGAGUGAAGAUGAAGAGGAGGAGGGAGCUACAGCGUUGAACAACCACAGCUCUAUUCCCAUGGACCCAGGUAAAAGAUCAUUCUUUCAUUCUGGAAUAAUUACUAAGGAAAUGAACUGGCAUGAGUCAGUAGAAGGAAGUUUAAGAGGAAGACCCUAUCCUAAAAAGAUAGUUUGUAAACUAAGAUUUUGUAGACUUCAGAGUCCAAGUGAAAUGCCCUUCUGCUAGCUUUGGGGAUGGGCAGGCUUGCCUUGAAGUAACAAGAUGGAUUUGGUGACCCCACCAGCCCAAGGGCUCUGGGUUGAUUUAGGGAUUGGGGAGGGGAGCUGGGCCCAUUAUUUCUAUACCUGACUGGCCUCUGGCUCUGAUUUCAGAACAUGUAGAGCUGGUGAAAAGGACGAUGGCUGGAGUAAGCCUGCCUGCGCCAGGGGUUCCUGCCUGGGCUCGGGAGAUAUCGGAUGCCCAGUGGGAAGAUGUGGUACAGAAAGCCCUCCAAGCCCGGCAGGCAUCCCCUGCUUGGAAGUGACCACAGUGAGAGCUGCCUUAUCUUCCUACAUUC